AUGUCAUUCAAAGGCUUUGGCUGGAGUGACAAGGACAACAACAAUGAUCCAACAUUGAACAACAAUAACCAACAACAACAGUCAUCAUCAAUGUUUGAUUAUAAUGAUAACAACUAUACAGGUUCAAUAUGGGGCACAACAACAACAUCAGCUAAUAACAACAAUGAUCAUAUGCCAUCACAUAUUAAUGAUGAUAUCGAUGAUGAUGACUUUGACAUAAAUAUGCUACCAGACGAUGAGAUCAACUUUAGUAGCAUACUUAACUCAUCGAUGAGGAGUCCAUUAACAACUGGUACAGCGUCACGAUCAAUGUUUGCUACACAACAACAACAACAGACGGAUUUGGCCACGCCAACAGGCUUGGAAGACAUCGAUGUCAACACAAACAAUGAGCAACUGGAGAACUUCAGACUGAUGACCCAGAACAAGACCGACGAUCACAUUCUCUACGACAUUGUCGAAGGACAAGUCACUCGCAAUCAACUCGACUACAUGUCCAUCGCCAUGGAACUCAGGUCGUACUGCGCCUCAAAACUGGCACUACUCAAUCAUGAGCUCGAGAGUCAUUACUUCCUCCCCAACAAGAAGGAGACUGAACGUCUGGCCGCACUAUAUCAGAAAGAGAAGGACACAUGGGAGAUCCUGUGUCGUCUCUACCAAGACAGAGAUGUGGACUAUCCAAAGGAGAUGGAUCAGGAAGAUAUAACCAUGGAUACAGAGGCCUCAACACAGGUCGAUGUCGUGAAUAUGAUCAUUAAGAAGGAUUACUAUAUGCGUGAGAACAUCAUCGUGUUGAAUUGGUUGGAGGAGAUGGCCUCAACGAUCAAGUACAGCGACGAGCCAGUAUGUUGGAGCAAAACACUCGAGCGUCUUAGAAUGGGCAAUCAGUCAUCAGGCUUGAUCAAGCAGCUGGAUCCCGAUGCACCACAGCGCACCAACCUCAAGCUGGACCUCACCGAUCAGAAGGACGACAAUCAGUUCUUGGCGACGCUGUGGUCGAUCAUACGCUCGGGCAACCGCGAGUUGGCCGUGCAGUUCUGCGCGCACGUCGGACAGCAUUGGCGCGCACAGACGCUCAUUGGCGACGCCAAGUUUGCCGGCGAGAUGGAGGUGGGCAACCCCUUCCGCAACCUGUGGCGAUCGACCUGUCUGCAGCUGUCGAACAACACACACAACGAGCACGAGCGCGCGAUAUACGGCCUGCUGGCAGGCAACAUUGGCAACGCGUUGGUGGCCUGCAAGGACUGGAACGACUACCUCUGGACAUACACACGCGUUCUCAUCGAUGAGAAGCUCAAUGAAAUGCUGCGCUCGAUCCCGACGCCGCCCACAUCCGAGGAGGAUGCUGCUGCAAUCCCCGCAUCACUCUCCACCAACUACACGGCCAAGGACUUACUGCACAUCCUGCGAACAAACUCACCAACCGAGAUCAUGAACCAAUCAAUCGAGCCAUAUCACAUCAUUCAAGACAGAGUCAUCUCGAAUGACUAUCAAACACUCCUUCAAUCUCUUAUCGAGCUGAUCAAGACAGGCAAGCAAACACCCGAGUUCCUUCGCCUGGCAGUGUCCCUGAUCCUGUUCUACAGGUUCCGCGCACCAAACUACCAAGUGAUCGAGGACGAGAAGGCACCAGAGAACAUCAUCAUAUACUCAUACAUCAGUCAUCUGAUUGACACUCAAAGAAACGACUUGGUAGCGCUGUACACAUCAUUCUUGGGCAGCAAUGUACAAAGAAUCAAGAUAUACUCCAAGUUCUUGGAGGGCAUCACUGAGCAAGAGGAACGACAAACCUGUUUGAAGCAGGCCGAGAAGUUCAAGUUGGACACGGACGUCAUCACUCAGACAGUGGUCAACAACAUUACGGCACAGAACAGAGGCGUCUCUGCACGCUCGUCAUCAAGCACGACACCAGCCGACGUUGCCAAGAUCGACGCCAUCGCAUGGCUUUGCUUCAACCCUCAGCAACGUAUCGAGGCCGUGUUCAAGUCCAAUUUGCUCAUUCGCGAGUUUGUUUCCGAUGGAAAGAGCGACGCCGCGCAACAACUGCUAGAUGCACUGCCCAAGAACACAGUGGCCAUCUCACAAGCAGAGAGCACACGUUCAGAGAGCGAGACCGUGGACAUACUCAAGGAGUUUACAAACUGGGCACAAUACCUUGAGGCUACCAGGCGCAUUGGACUAUGGGCGCAUAACUACUCCAAGAGGCCCAAGCAGACGACACUCUACUUCAGGCUGACUGGCAAGGAAUCAUACGCUCAGAAGUUGGACCUUGAGAGGAGAAAGAAGGAGAUUGAGGAGGAGUAUGGACAAUGGAACCAGAACAAUAUGAUGUAUGGCAAGGAUGCCAUUGAGUCUACAUUCAAGAUAUUGAAACAGACUUGGUUAUGUCCUGAGCAUGCACAAGAUGGUGUCUUUGAGAACCCAGAUGAGAAUGAGAGACAGAUACAUGCACUUAGAGUUCAUUGUAUUCCUGCAUUGUUCUUCUCACUGCAUCAGGUGUUGGUGGGCACUGGACACAUCAAGAAGAGUUCAAAGUUAUGCAAUCUAUUGGCAGACGAACGAUUCAAAUGGUACAAUGUGUUCAGUCAAGAGCAACUACAGGAGAUGCUCAUUUUAGCUCAAACAAGCCUUGUAGCAAUGAUGGAUGAUUCGACACGUCAACAACGACAACAACGACAGGAUGAACAUCAUCAUCAUGGACAACAAUAUGACAACGUCGACACUACGAUGCAUGGUGGAGGCAGAACUUUCUAUUCCUCGCAACCAGUCCACAGUCAAUGA